AUGCAUGCCUGUGAGGCGGAGCAGACGCCCUUGGACGCCCAGCUUGAGGGCCGGCUGCGGCAGUUGUCGAGCGGCGCGCCCGACCUGAAGUAUCUCCUCGAGGGCGAGGCCACAGAAACCGCGCCCGUUCAGGUUUCCGAUGCCCAGCUGCCAGUCCCGGAGACAAAGGAUUUGCGGGCAGAGACCAGCUGGACUGCGAAGAUCGGUGAGGUUUCAUGGGUGGAGAGCGUGGAGGUGCAAGUGAUCAAUGUCACGGCACCCUUUGUGCUGCUAAGCGAGCUCAAGUCUUCCUUGCUGCCAAAGGAGGUGGACACGGAGAUGAAGGAGGGCCAGAAAGCAGUUUCUCGCAGUCGCCCGUUUGUGCCAGAGCACCCGCGCGACUUUCUGAGCACGGCGGACAGCCGCGGUGCUUCGAGACCAAACCGUUUUUUCAUUGUGGGAUCCAGCACCCUGGAAAAGCGUCGGCAGAUGAUAAAGGAUGUUCGCUUCGUAGUGAACGUCUCCUCGCAGGAGGGGUCUUUCCGUACACUCGGAUCCAAGGGUGCCAAUCACCCCCACACCAAUAUGGCCAAAGCCUCGCUGAACAUGAUGACUUGCUCUGUCGCUGACGAAUUCAGCCGAUCCGGCGUGGCCGUCGUGUCGGUGGACACCGGAUGGAUUUCAAG